AUGCAUCGAUCAUAUUUACUGACUGCCUUCGUUGCGUUCGCGUUGAUACUGAUAACCGUCGAUGCAGGUGUCGACGUUGAGGAAAAUGUCGAUGCAGAUGUCGACGUUGAGGAAAAUGACGAUGCAGGUGUCGACGUUGAGGAAGAUGACGAUGCAGGUGUCGACGAUAAGGGAGAUGACGAUGCAGGUGUCGACGAUAAGGGAGAUGUCGAUGCAGGUGUCGACGAGGAAGAUGAGAGUCGUGAUAACAAGGCCAAUGUUGUUUCGAGUACAGCAUUUAGCAACGAAGAAAGACUGAUAAACGAUUUGAUGGCUGGUUAUAAUAAGAAUGUUAGACCCGUCGUGAAGCCUUUCGAACCAGUACAGCUUAGUCUUUCAUUCAGCGUUCAGCAAAUACUUGAAAUGGAUAGCCGCGACCAAACCAUCACCUUAACCGGUACCCUCACUAUAGUGACCAAUUACAAAGCUACAAUCGUCAGUGUAGGCGCGCAUCACUCUGUCUGGUGGAAUCUGCAGCAGGUAUUCAAGGCUACCUGCGAGAUGGACAUGACACGUUUCCCAUUUGACAAACAAAAGUGCAAGCUCUGCUUCACUGGCACGAAUACCUUUGCUGAACUCACCAAGUUUUCUGCGGUGCCCUAUCCCAACGGACCAUUCUAUUAUCCGAACACCGAGUGGCAGUUGAUGGAUUAUAAUGGGUAUGUUGAAGAAGUGCCAUUCGACUACUCUGUAUCCUUAACGUAUACGGCGUACUAUUACGAAAUGACACUCAAGCGUCGCAAUCUCUACUACUGGAUCCACCUGAUUGCCCCGUGCAUGAUCUUCUCAUUCCUGGUAACACUUGUCUUCGUGAUGCCCGCGGACGCCGGGGAAAAGAUCUCCUUCAGUGUGACCGUUCUCCUUGCCUUCACCGUCUACCAGUUGAUGAUCGCGGAUGAUCUUCCCAAAGGGUCCACAGGCAUCUCCCUUAUGUCUCGAUACCUUCUUGCCCUCCUGGCUCUUUCCGCCGCGUCCGUCAUCUGCAGUAUUUUCGAUCUGUACAUCCACCACCGCGACCCAAAGACGCCGCUUCCCCGGUUCUUCAGGGUGUUUAUCUUCUCCUGUCUGGGACGUAUUCUAUGCAAGGGAAAGCAGACGGCAGAUCAGCGCAAGAAGGUCAUAGUUGCACCAGAACAACGUGGAAACAUCAUAAUGGUGCAUGUCAAUGAGUACCCCCUUCGGCCCGACAACAAAACUAACAAUGCAGUCGCUUACACCAAUCAGGAAAGUGCAAUCUUUCAGGAUAACUCAAUGAUGGCGAUGGCAGAACGUGCUUUUAAAGAGAUGGCCCAGAUCAACGAGAAUCUGAAAGAAGUGAAGGCGAUAUUGAAGAACUCGCCAUCCGAAGAAGAGAAUGCGGUAGAUGAGGUUAAUGAAUGGAAAUUAGCCUCAGGCAUCCUCGAUCGAUUCUUUCUUGUCGUAUUCUUGAUUGCUGCGGUGAUGAUUAACAUUUUCUGUAUUUUCAUUGCCUAA